AUGACCAACACCGAUACCGCUGCCGCCGGGCACCUGGACGGCUCUGUCCCUCACCGAGAGCUGAGGCCCCAGCCCCCCGUCGAGCGGGUGACGGACCAGCUCGAAACCCCCUCCCUCGACGACCGCACCUACCGUGUCGUGAGACUGUCCAACAAGCUCGAGGCUUUGCUGGUGCACGACCCAGAAACGGACAAGGCCAGCGCCGCCCUCGACUGUAAUGUCGGAAACUUCAGCGACGAGGAGGACAUGCCCGGCAUGGCCCAUGCCGUCGAACAUCUACUCUUUAUGGGUACCAAGAAGUUCCCUAUAGAGAACGAAUACUCACAGUACCUCUCCAACAACUCGGGUAGCUCCAAUGCGUACACCGGCGCAACCUCGACCAACUACUUCUUCGACGUCUCGGCCAAGCCCGCCAACGACCAAGAGCCUACGGCCGAGAACCCUUCGCCCUUCAAGGGCGCUCUCGACCGCUUUGCCCAGUUCUUCAUCGAGCCUCUGUUCCUCGAGUCGACUCUGGAUCGCGAGCUGCGCGCUGUCGACUCGGAGAACAAGAAGAAUCUGCAGAACGACCAAUGGCGACUCCACCAGCUGGAGAAGUCUCUUUCUAACCCGAAACACCCCUUUUGUCACUUCUCGACAGGCAACCUCGACGUCCUCAAGGACCAACCCGAGUCCAAGGGCAUCAAUGUACGCGCAAAGUUCAUGGAGUUCCACGACAAGCACUACUCAGCGAACCGUAUGAAGCUAGUCGUUCUGGGGCGGGAGCCCUUGGACGUCCUCGAGCAAUGGGUUGCCGAGUUCUUCUCUGGGGUACAGAACAAGGAUCUGGCGCCGAACCGCUGGGAGGACGAGGUACCCUUCCGCGAAGCCGAGCUCGGAGUCCAGGUUUUCGCCAAGCCCGUCAUGGAUUCGCGGGAGUUGAACCUCUUCUUCCCCUUCCUCGACGAGGAAAACAUGUACGAGUCUCAGCCUAGCAGAUAUGUGAGCCACUUGAUUGGCCACGAGGGCCCUGGUAGUAUCAUGGCCUAUGUGAAAGAGAAGGGAUGGGCAAAUGGACUGAGCGCUGGUGCUUACCCCGUCUGCCCGGGUUCUCCUGGCAUCUUCGACUGUCAGAUUCGUCUGACGGAAGAGGGCCUCAAAAACUACAAGGAAAUCGUCAAAGUCUUCUUCCAAUACGUUGCGCUUCUCCGGGAAGCGCCGCCGCAGGAAUGGAUCUUCGACGAGCAGAAGGGCAUGGCCGAUGUCGAUUUCAAGUUCAAGCAAAAGACCCCUGCGAGCCGAUUUACGAGCAAGAUCAGCUCCGUCAUGCAGAAGCCCCUCCCGCGGGAAUGGCUGCUCAGCGGAUACAGUCGGUUGAGAAAGUUCGAUUCCAAUCUGAUCGAAAAGGGCUUGGCGUGCUUGAGACCAGACAACUUCCGUAUGACCAUUGUGUCACAGAAGUUUCCCGGUGACUGGAACCAGAAGGAAAAGUGGUACGGCACUGAGUUCCGCCACGAGAAGAUCCCCGAGGAUUUCAUGGCCGAGAUCAAGAAGGCCGUCUCGAGCUCGGCCUCGGAGCGGCUCGCCGAGCUCCACCUGCCUCACAAGAACAACUUCAUUCCCACGAAGCUCGAGGUCGAGAAGAAGGAGGUCAAGGAGCCGGCUCUGUCGCCCCGUGUCGUCCGAAACGACAGCCUCGCUCGGACGUGGUUCAAGAAGGAUGACACAUUCUGGGUGCCCAAGGCCAACCUCGUCAUCAGCUGCCGAAACCCCAACAUCUACUCGACCGCGGAAAAUGCCGUCAAGGCAAGGUUCUUCACCGACUUAGUCCGCGACGCGCUGGAGGCGUACUCGUACGAUGCCGAACUGGCGGGUCUGCAGUACAGUGUCUCGCUCGACGCCCGCGGCCUGUUCCUCGACCUAAGCGGGUACAAUGACAAGCUAGCUGUUCUCUUGGAGCAGGUCUUGAUCACCAUCAGGGACCUCAAGAUCAGGGAUGAGAGGUUCGACAUCAUCAAGGAGCGCCUCAACCGCGGGUACAACAACUGGGAGCUCCAGCAACCGUUUAGCCAGGUUUCGGAUUACACGACUUGGCUCAACUCGGAGCGCGACUUCGUCGUGGAGGAAUACCUGGCCGAGCUGCCGAGCGUCACCGCCGAGGACGUGCGGCAGUUCAAGAAGCAGAUGCUCUCGCAGAUCCACAUCGAAUCUUAUGUGCACGGGAACCUGUACAAGGAGGACGCGCUCAAGCUUACAGACAUGGUCGAGAAUAUCCUGAAGCCCCGCGUCCUCCCGCGACCCCAGUGGCCUGUGAUCCGAUCGCUAGUGUUUCCUCCCGGAUCGAACUACGUGUACAAGAAGACGCUCAAGGACCCGGCCAACGUCAACCACUGCAUUGAGGUGUGGCUUUACGUAGGAGACAAGGGCGACAGGCUUGUCCGAGCCAAGACGAUGUUGCUUGACCAGAUGUGCCACGAGCCCGCCUUCGACCAACUCCGGACCAAGGAGCAGCUGGGCUACGUUGUCUUCAGUGGAGUGCGGAGCUUUUCGACGACGUACGGGUUCAGAUUCAUCAUCCAGAGCGAGCGGACGCCCGAGUACCUUGAAUCAAGAAUCGAGGCAUUCCUCAACCUGUUCUCCAACACACUAGACUCCAUGUCGGACGCGGACUUUGAGGGUCACAAGCGCAGCUUGAUCGUCAGAAGGCUCGAGAAGCUGAAGAACCUUGACCAGGAGAGUAGCAGGCACUGGACCCAGAUCGCCAGCGAAUACUACGACUUUGAGCUCCCUCAACAAGAUGCGGCGCACACCAAGACGCUCACAAAGACGGACAUGGUCGAGUUCUUCCAGAGGUAUAUUAAGCCUGGGUCGACCACUCGGGCGAAGCUUUCAGUGCAUCUGCGUGCCCAGGCCACCGCACCGGCCAAGGAGGGAGCCGAAGCCAAGGUCAACGGCGUUGCCAAGGAGGUGGAACUUCAGCCGGCAGGCGACGUCAAGCCGCCGACACUGAUCGAGGACGUUCGCAGCUUCCGGGCGGGGCUUGUAGCGACAUGCGGGGCGCGGCCUGCCAAGGACUUGACCGAGUACGAAGACACAGACGCAAAGCUAUGA